GGUAUACCGGAUAUAAUUCUAAAAAGUAAAGUUGUAUUUGCAGUCAGUAAGGACAGCGAGAAAAUGUUUUAAGAGUACUAGAUAAAAAUGUAGUAGUUGUAGCAGAAGUUACCAGUAUUUUAAAAAGCAUAUUUAUAAUUGUGCGUUUUAUCCCGGGCGUCUUAAAUAUGAAGCUUUUAUUCUGAAGGCGUGUAUAGGAAGCGACGCUUGUUCGUGGACGUGGCUUUGAUUGUUGCAACUGUUGCUCAGGAAUCCUCGGUUAUUUCACAAGUCCUAGAGGUUCCCCAGCGUCGGAGCAGACAUGUUCAGUCCAAAGGAUUUAUCCGAGUGUUUUCGGGAAUGGGACGACUUGGAGAAAGAUUACCAACAUAUCCAGGACACCCAUCGUCUAUAUAAACAGAAGCUUGAAGAAGUGACCAAACUGCAAAACAGCUGCUCUAGUGCUAUAGCAAGGCAGAGGAAGAAACUGAAGGAGCUCACUUUGUCAUUGAAAGGAUGCAAAGAAAACUCUCCAACAUCAAACCUAAGCCCAGAGGAGAUGGAGUCCAUUGCUGGAAUGCAAGAGUCCAUCAAAGACAAAAGGAAUGUUUUCUUUGAGAUGGAAGCAUUUCUGCCAAAGAAGAACGGAUUGUACCUCACACUUGUUUUGGGAAACGUUAAUGUAACGCUCCUGAACAAGCAGGCAAAGUUUGCAUAUAAAGAUGAGUAUGAGAAGUUUAAACUCGUCCUGACCGUCAUCUUCUUCGUGUUUUCCUUCACAUGUCGCUUUUUGUUUAGCUACAGAGUCCUGGACGCUCUGUUCAACUUCCUGCUGGUUUGGUAUUACUGCACGCUCACCAUCCGGGAGAGUAUCCUCAUCAGCAACGGCUCAAGGAUCAAAGGUUGGUGGGUUUUCCAUCACUACAUAUCGACCUUCUUGUCUGGAGUGAUGCUGACUUGGCCUGAUGGCGCCCUCUACCAGAUGUUUAGAAAUCAGUUUCUAUCCUACAAUCUCUAUCAAAGUUUUGUCCAGUUCCUGCAGUACUACUACCAGAGCGGCUCUUUGUACAGACUCAGAGCGCUGGGAGAAAGACACACCAUGGACCUUACAGUUGAGGGCUUCCAGUCCUGGAUGUGGAGAGGCCUGACCUUCCUCCUUCCCUUCCUGUACUUUGGUCAGUUUUGGCAGCUGUACAACAGCAUGACGCUUUUCAGGAUGUUCCAGCUCCCAGAGUGUAAAGAAUGGCAGGUUUUGAUGUGCGGCUGCUCCUACAUGGUGCUCUUCAUGGGAAAUCUGUACACCACGCUGAGGGUGGUUUACCAGAAAUAUGUAAACAACGCAGACAAGUCCAAAACUGUGUGAGCCCGCUGUAAGCAGAACAGACCAAGAUGGCGUCUUAUUUACUAGACAGAAACCAGAGACAGUCAGAGUUGGUUUCUUUUGUCAGGAUCCCUGUCCGAGUGGACCAUUUACUCGCUCUGCUACUUGAAUCUCAUUCCAAGUUCCAGCAUUUCACGUUUGUUUAAAUCAAAAUCAAAUCAGCUUUAUUAUUGAUUGUUUAAAAGAUCAACCAGCUACUUUACAGCUGUUGUGUUUCAGUAGGGCUGUGCAUUUGUUUCAGAGAUUCUGAAAGUUUGAAGGAGUGUUACUGAUAAAGAAAAUGUUACUUGAAUAAUAUUUAUUUACUUGUGACUCUUUGCUCAGGAGCUGCUUUGUUUGUUGGCUUUUUAAGUAAGUUAUCUGCAGAAUAAAACAGCCUGAAGUCCUUA